GACCAUAGAUUUUAAAACCAUAAAAUAAAUUCAAUUUCUCUCUAUCCCUCUCAGCAAUCUCUUCAAUGGCAGUUGAAACUCUUCUCUUCUUGCUGCUAGUUAUCGCUUCAGUUUUCACAGAAUCACAAAAUUACCCUCGUGAAGGGCCUUCAGUAAGAACUGAUUUAAGGCUUUCAAGGCCUCUUAUUGGAGAGGAUGGAAGGAUUUACAUUUGUAGUGAAAAGACUUUGUAUGCGUUUGAAAGUAAUGGGUCUAUUGCUUGGACCUCAUAUUUGAGUUAUGCUUGCAAUGCAAGCAUGGCUCCAGUUCAUGGAACUGUAGGAAAGCUAUAUUUGGUUGCAGAGAGCAGAGUUUUGAGAAUCAAUUUUAGUGAUGUUAGAUCUUCUCCACCAGCAGUAGAAGUUUUCUUUGGUCCAGAAAAAGGUCAAGCAGGAGCAGGCGAUAUCAUCGGGCUUGCAGCGAGUACAUUGAGUUCGUCUGUAUUUAUCAAUAUUAAGAACCGAGGACUAUUUGCUUAUGAGAUGCAUGGGAAGCUACACUGGAGUGCUGGAGCUGUGCUUUACCAGUAUGGAUACAGUUUAGGUUGUAGAAAAGGUGUAAAAGAUUGUUCUUUCAGUUCAUCUCCUGUGGUUGAUCGAUGUGAGGCUAGUCUAUAUAUUUCAAAUAAUGCAGGAGAAUUAUAUUCAUUGUCUCUUCGUAGCCCUCACUUUAAUUGGGUUCAGGAUCUAAGCUCAUUUGACAAAAACUUCACUGUUACACCUGGAAACAAUGGCCGGUUGUAUGUGACAGUACCCCCACUGUCACUUGUGUUGACUCUAGAUGUCUUGAAGGGUAAUAUUUUGUGGCAGACGAGUAUUGGACCGUUAGGUUCAGCAGAAUGCGAACCGGUUGUGGACUCCAAUGGUUGGGUAUCUAUCGGUUCACUGGAUGGAUUCCUGUACUCAAUCUCACCAACCGGAGCCCUAAAGAAAUACUCAAAAGCAUCUGAACAAGAUUAUGUUAUUCAAGUAAGCCCACAUUUAGAUUGCUCCGGCAAUGCUGUUUAUAUGUCCCAGACUGAGAUGGAAGGAAAAGUUGUCCACACAGUUGGUGAAUCUACUUGUGUCUCAGCAAUGAAACCAAAAGGUGUACUGUUCACUAUGUUGGUUCCAGCAACUGGUGUGAUCCACUGGUCUGAAAGCUAUCCUGGUAAAGUCUCAUCCAUGCUUUCUCAAAGUGAUCUGAAAAACUUUGUACUGGAUGAGGGACUUCUUCUUUCUUUUAUAGCUGCUUCAAGGACUGGCAAACCACUGCCUUGCCGUAGCAAACAUCAGAAGCUUUUAUCUACUUGCUCACAAGCAAGGCCCAGGCAUCAUAGUAUCUACACAGGCAAGACGCAAAUUCUUCCGAGUAGAAACACAACACUUGAAAAAAGCUAAUUAAUAUUACUCGUUCUUUCAGGUAAUGAAAGGACAAUACUGCUGUUCUUGUUACUUGAAUCCAUGCUCUUGGUAAUUUUAGCUGGACUUGUACGAUUCUGCUGCAUAUUUUGGACGAAAAAGAAGCUUCAAGAUCAAGGCUUGGGAAGUUUCCUUGAAAAGAGACGUUCUCUCCAACUUAAGAAGAAAGAAUUUGAUAGGACAAUCACGCAACUCGAGAAGAAGGCUGCAAACGAAGCAGUGGCUCAUGAAGUCAUUGAAGAAAUAGGGGAUUUGGUACGAGAAAGAGAGAGCAUAUCAAGGAAGCUCUCAACAACAUACAGUUUAGGUAGGGAUGGAAAGGGCUUGCGGUCAGAGUCUCUCCUUCCAGUAUAUGAUGGGAAAUCAAGGAGCUAUUCUUUUCAGAGUGCAAGGAAAGAAAGCGUCACUAUUUUUCACACACUAAGUAAUACAUCUUCUGGAGAAAGCAGCAAAGAGAAAGAUUCUGACCGGGACUUUCACGAGGAGAACCAGUCCUCAGCUAAGGGAAAGGGAAAGGCAAGAGCACCUGUUGAAACAGAAAGUUCAAGUGAUGAUGAUAUCUUUGAGAAAGGCUACCAUAGAAGUUCAUCAGAGCCAACAUCAAGCUCAAAAAGGUAUGCCAAUCCAUUUUUUAUGGAGCAAGAGCUGACAGAAGAGGAGUUGAAUGAUGAGGGGAAAGUGGUGGAAUCAGCAACAGGCAGUGGCAGAACUAGAAGCAUGUGGUUAAAGAGAAGAAAGACGUUGUCUUCAACUAACUAGAUUGCAGACAGGUGUGCAAUAUGCCAACAGAGAAGUUUAUACAUGUGUAAGGCUAGACAGCCUUUGAUAGUCCUGCAACAUCUGUAGCGAUUGUCUUCAGAGGUUAAUGCAGACAUGUUAAGCAAAUUCGUGUAUAUUGGAAGUAAGAAUAGGUGAAAUUAAUGUUCACUUCAAGCUUGAAAACUGUUGGUUUUGAUUUUGAUAGUCCAAGUGAUUCUUCUUUCGCUCUUGAAAGAGCAGCUUAUAGCUGCUGCACUUGCAUAUAAAGAGUUCUACGUUUUGAAUU